AUAAAAAAAAGCAGCCACGAGGUCCCUCGGUGAAGCACGGCUGAUUCUGUGUCGAAGUGUUUGUGUGUGUGUGUGUGUGUGUGUGUGUGUGUGUGUGUGUGUGUAGUGUCGUCGGUAAACAAACCGGAAAGCCCAGCUGAUGACUCAAUCCGCGCCAUCUGCCACCUGCGAGCAAGGGACAGCAAACGGGGGUUCGAGUGACGUUGAUAACUACGAGAGAUUUUGGGUUUGCGCAAUGGAAGUUGUGAAAGCUGUGCGUGUCACUCCCCAGAGUUCCCAGUGCUCCCAGAGAGCUCGGAGAUAUUCCGAAGGAUUCAAGGUUUUUCGCUGUUGAGGUCACUCUCCUUCUCUCUCUCUCUCGCUCUCUUCAUCAUCGAUUGUUGUUGCAAUAGAGCCCUUGGAGAUGUUGGGCCCACUGCCGGCCAGGGACGGCAGGCGUCGUCCAAUUCCAAUUCCGAAACUGCGCAGGUUCCAUCUGUUGCGCAAGCUCUCGCACAGCCGACACACCGGUUCUCCUUGCGACGCACCGGUUUUCGCGCCAUAUAAGUGGACAACGACCGAGCCGCGCUCGCUGGCGGGCUGGCUGGUGGACGGCGUUUGUCCGAAGAUGGCCGUGUGCCAAUCAUCGCAUCAGCCCGCUUCGGCGGUGGACAGGGCAGCUGUCCGCCGCUCCGGAAGCGGUGUGUGCUGUGCGAUUCGGCGGCGGCCCGAGCAGCAGGUUAGCAGGCGCUUGGUUCGAUUUCCAUCUCGAGAAGGCGGGUUCAACUCGUCGGCGCGUGGGACACUGCGCGUUCGGGUGUCCGGUAUGCGCGACAGCCCACACAGUAUGUCGGCCGUGUCCGGAGCCGCUACGGAGUCUGCCUGCGCCAAGGUUGCCGUGCUGCGACGGCGGGAGGCGAUCAGGCUCCACGCAUACGGUGGUUCGGCCCGAUAAUGAUGGUAAUUGAAUACUCGGGCGCGUGUAGGUAGGUGCCGGAAUCCAUCUCAAGGUGGUGUGUAGUAGGUGUGUUGCGUAUUGAUGCUCCAGAUGAAUUCUGGACAUUAGCUUUGAUGAUCGAAAACACUUCAAUCAAGAGUUGGUGCGGUAAAGGGUCACGAUGACGUCACGAAAACAUGAUGCUUCAUAGGUUGGAGCUUGAGCUUUGAGAAGCUAUGGGAUAUUAUAUUGAGCUUCAAAAACACUACUCAGGAACUCUGGUAUUUUGGGCCCUUAAGUUGAGAGCAGUAACUAUCCCAGUUGAGAUGUCUGAGUUUCGGACGACUUACUCCGACAGCUCCACAGGAAGCUUAGUUAGCUUGGUUAACUAAACAGAAUUUUGAGCAUUUUUUUGUUAAGAUGCUCUGGAGCAAUGCUCCAAACUUGAUCUGUAGGACAACUGAUGACAUUUUUUGCUGCCUAUGAUGAAUUCUAGACAACUUUGUUUUAAUGCACGUCAUCGCUGUGAGUUUGUUCCAAACGUAUGCAAAGACUCUCUAGCAGACGAUGCUCCAUCGUCUCCAAGGCACUAGCUCUGUAGUGCUGUACAACUUUGUCAGGAACUCUGUGGUCAUUUCUCACUGUCCUACGAUGAAUUCUAGGAACAUCGUCUUUGCGUGAUCCUCUUUGAGCCCAUCGCAACGACUUUGAACACCAGCCCUGCGUUGAGGGCACUAAACCACCCGAGUUUGAUAUCCCGAGAGUACCGAAGGCCUCCUCCUCUGUUGUGACGAUCCCCAACUGUACCCCCAUCUGCUCAUCAUCACUCACGUGUCACGUUGUGUAUGCGGUGUGACGCACGGAGUGUCACUUUUAAAACCGAAGGCAGAUGUUUGCCCCUGGAACUCAACGAUUUGGUUGCGGGAAGGAUCGCUCCCACGCUAAAUAACAUGCAAACACGCUCAACAACAACCCUCCCAAAAAAAAAAAACCUAAACCGGCCACAUACGGCACCACGCACGGUCGUCGUACCAGCAAAAACAGCCUCCGCUAGCAGAGGCAAACACCGCCGCUAAUAUGACCAUAUUUGUUCACCUCUGCGCACUGUCGGGCUUCGGACUUCGAUCCGCGCCAAGCACGACGAUUUCCAUAACGGGUGCGCGCGCGCGCGCGAAGGCACGAACCCGAUCAGCUCGCCGCGUGAUUGCCGCCCGUUAUCGGGUUUGCCUCACACCGAGCAGCGCAGUGCCGUGCGCAGUUUCGAGGGCGGUGGACGGGUGCGUGCGUGUGCGUGCGUGUGUGCUUUGCGCUCGGGGCCAUUCUUCCGGGUGCGUCGGCGCGUUUGUCAUCAGCUGGGCUGGGAGUUGUGGUUUAGUAAUUUGCUUUGCACCCGCCAUUAACCUGACAGGUAAACAAAAACACUCUGUGCGCGUUACGAAAACGAAUUUUAAAGGUGCAGCAAAAAAAAACGCAGACACUCUUCUACCCGCCCGCCCGGGGUCGGUUAGGACGAAACGGAAGUUGUUUAGCGCGAAACAUUCGUUGUAGUUGUAGUUGUAGUUAAAAGGACAAAGGUGCGCGAAAGAACAACACGUGAAGAAACACGCAGUCAGUGGCCAGUCUGUUUGCUUCGGGGUGUAGCCGAAACAGAACAAGAUCGAACCGCGCGCCCGUGUCCCCAUCAACCUGCGAUCUGUGCGGCAGAUCGCCUCGGCGAGAACCGAUCAACUCGAGCGCGACUGGAUCGGCUCGCCUCAAUCAACCACGUCCUGGGUGACGCCAAGGCUGCGAAUCGAAACACAUCCCGCCCGUCAGGGAGGAACCGGAAAAAAGGCACCAGUAAAGCGACGCAAAUGGUGCAGCGAGAGACGGACACGGUAGCAGCCCGCCGCUCGAAGCGCUCCAUCGGCGGCGGAGCGCCGGACGCGGAGCCACCGAACGCCAUCGUCAGCGAGCAGCGGUACGAGGGACUCGCCCUAGAGGGUACCGCCCCUCCACCACCCCAGCCAGUGGUGGAGGUCAAGACGGCGGUGCCGGACGAGGCCGAGGUCGAGGCAGUGAACCGUGAAGAGGAAAUCAUUAAGAAGCGAAAGACGGAGCUAACGACGACGCGCCAGAUCGAGACGCGCGUCAAGCGGCAGCUACUGUUCGAGGAUGGCAAGGUGGUGGAAGAUUCGGGCCCGAUCGUGUCGACCAACACGACCGAGGACACCGACAAACAGGAAACGGUACAAACCGAGCACCGUACCCUGGGCGAUCCGGCGGAGGUGGGCGAGGGCGAGCCGUCCGGUAACCGGCUGGCCGGUACCGGGGAGCUGAGUGGCGGCCCCCACCCGCAGCAACCGGCGUCCCCGGCGGUCGAUAAUGUAGUCAGCGGCGGCAGCAGCAGCAGCAGCGCACCAAAGACGACCGGCGGCACCGCCAUCAGCGUAGCGCGCCCUCCCGACGGUUUGCUGCGCAACAUCAAGGAGGAGGUGGUGGUGUCCCGGGAGGAAACCAAGGAGCGGACCGAGGUGACCGAGCAGAAACAUUUCGGCGACUUUAGCGACGACGCGUACCUGCGGGCGAUCAACAGCGGCGUCGACGACAUACGGGAGCUGCUGCUGUCGGAGAAGGCGCGCACCGAGCUGCAGCAGCCGACCGGGCCCCAGCUGGUGCAGCAGUCGGUCAGCACGCGGAAGGUCAUCGACAGCGAGGACACCGACAUCCGGCAGCUCGCCAAACCGGACGGUACGCUCGUGACGGAGAAGGAGCAGACGCGCCAGCACGAGGAGCUCGUCGACGACGCGCUGCCGGAGCCGGACGGCGGCUACGACCAGGUGGACAGCGGUGAGCGCAUCAUCGACCAGAAGUCGUCCGCCCAGCGGUACUUCAAGCAGCGGGACGAGCAGCAUGUCGAUCUGAUCGGACCGGGCGGGGAAGUGAUCGGACACGAGAUGCGGUACGCAGCAGAGCAGACCCAGAUGAGCAGGGACGGCGGGGGUGGCGGUGGUGCCGGUGGGGUGGGACGUGCGGGCGAGCCGGGCGGCGGCCUGCUCGCCGACUGGGACAGCCUCUCCGACCGGUUGCGCAAGGCGCGCCGGCUCGGCCGGCAUCCGAAGGAGCUGGCGCUCGGGCCGGGCGGCGGCACCCAGCCGGCGGCCGGCAACCUGCUGCCGGGCGGGCUCCCCGUGCUGAACGACCGGCUCGACGCGCUCACCAAGAAGCCGCUCGACUUCGACAAGGAGGAGGAAACGCGCAAGGCGGAAACGAGCAAGUGGCUCGAGUCGCACUUCGGCAGCGAGUCGCGGUCGUCGCGCGACUCGCGCGAAGACCUGGACGAGCUGGUCGAGCCGACCAAGCGCACCUACUUCAACGUGACGAUCAAGUCGGGCGACGGACCGGCCGAGCCGGACGGCCGGCGGGGCAGCACCACCGUGCGCCCGGUGGGCGAGUGGACGGGCCGCCGGGGGCUCGGCGGCUCCCGGGAGGAUCUGCUGCUGGUGGAGCGCGGUUCCAGCCACGAUGCGGGCUACCGGUCCGGGGAGCGGUACCGGUCGGGCAGCGAGGAACCGACUGGCCGGCCCGUCCAGCGCCAGCACUCCACGGUGCAGCCGCCGUCCGCCGGGGGGCCGAUGUACGCGUCCGCCUACCUGACCGCGCCCCGGCCGAAAGCGGCGAACGGUGGCGGGGCGGAGCGCAACUUCCACGCCCGGUACGGGCGGUCCGUGUCGCCCGACCGGCACUCGGUGGGCCAGAUCGGGGCACCGGCCGACGGUCGGCCAACCGUGCCGCAACGGCGCAAGGUGCUCGAACGGCGCCAGGUCGCCGUCCAGCAGCAGCUGCAGCAGCAGCAACAGCAACAGCAGCAACAGCAGCAGUACCACGGCAAACAACCGGUCGUACAUCAUGGGUACGCACCGCGCAGUCGCUCCGUCUCCCCGAUCCAGAUACCGCCCGUGGUGACGACACUGCGCAAACCGUACCAGAAGACGCGCUUCAGCAGCAUCCAGGAUCUAAGUCACGCCGGCGGCCCACAGCAGCUCCAGCAGCAGCAGCAGCAGCAACGCACAGUGAGCCGGGCGCAGAGCACGCCGCCGAAGGCGAACCGCGUCGGUUCCGCCAUCGGCAACUCCAUCCGCAAGCUGAUGGGCAAGAUCCGGUCCGCCAGUGCGGAGCGCAAGCUCAAGCUCAAAAACACGAAGCAGCAGCAGCAGCAGCAACGAUCGCAAUCGCCCUCACCGUCCACCCAGCACAAGCGACAGUCCGGCAACGGCGGCAGCAACACCACCACCACCACCUACCAGCAGUACAACGUAAUCGACGGGCACAUUAGCAGCGGCGGCGGGUCGCCCCUGCUCGGCCACCACCAUCCGUACGGGGGCGACGAGCAGCGGUUCGCGAACGGUGGCCGAUCGCAGUCGCAGCACGCGCUCAGUCACAGGCCGACCGGUGCCGGCGCAAGACGCGAUUCGGCGCGCGAACACCGUCCCUACACCGAGCGGCGCGGCUCCUCCGACGUACUGUCCGACAUGACGACCGGCAGCGGUGGUGGUGGUGGUGGUGGCGGAGGGGGUCCAACGCCCCGCCAGAAGUACUAUCUCGGCGAAAACCCGUACGGUGGCAGCAUCUUCGGCAAGGAAAACAAAUACAACCCGGCAGCAGCGGCGGCGGCGGCGGCGGCAGCGGCAGCGGCAGCGGCAGGGCGAGAUCGGCGCGAGGAACGUGUCUACAACGCCGCCCAUACACGCUCGUUCAGCCAGCCGCCGCAGACGAACCUGCACACGCUGGGACGGUUCAGCAAGAGCACCAACCGGCUGCCAACGAUGGCCGGGGGCGGUGGCCACUACGAGCACGAGCCGCCGGUCCAGUACCAUCCGGGCGGUGGCGGCGGUGGGUACGGUGGUGUGGUCAGCUCGCAGACCCUGCCGCGGAACGAGCAGCACCACCGGUUGCAGCGCUCGAAGCCGCUGCACUCGUCCACGAUCAACGUGUCGAUCGUGAACACGGUCAGCACGAACGGGGCGGGCCGGCCGCUGGCGAACACGGGCCCGGUCAAGCCGGCCCGCACCUACAAAGCGCUCAACCGCAGCAAAUCGUUCAACGUGCACGGCCUGAACGGGACGAACGAUCCGAGCCCGAUCUAUCUGGAGAAGCUGGGCGGGCGGGGCGGGCCGGCAGCCGGGGCCGCCUUCUACCGCUCCAACACGCACCUGGAGCAGCCGCCGCCGCCGUCGUACGGACCGGCGAAGGGCGACCAGCCGUCGCCGCCGCUCCAGCUCAAGAGCCCGUCGAUCGUGAACCUGGUCAGCCGCAGUACGCGCGACCUCACGCUGGCCGGCACGGACGGGUACCACCUGCCGCCGGGACGGACCAGCCCGGACGGGCCGACGCUCGACAAGAAGAACGUGUUCCUGCGCAACCUGCAGAACCGGGCGCCGGAGCUGUACCGAACGCUGCACGGGGUCGAGCCGCCGGCGGGCGCCGCACCACCGCCGUCCCGCGAGUAUCUCGGCUCGUACAUAACGCGCGAGCAGGAGCGCACGAUCGGCACCCGGUCGCCGGUGACGCUCAACAAGGACACGGCCAGCUUGGUGCGCCGGGGCAGCUCCAGCACCGACGACUACCCGCACGCGUACCAGGCCGCCGGCGACCAGCACCACCAGCAGCCGCGCGCGAAACACUACUACAAAAAGAGCGCACCACCGCCGGCGGUGGUGGGGGCUGGCCGCUACCGGGGUGAGCCUGGUGGCGACCUCAAAUAUCAGGACAUGUCCGGCGGUGGCGGCGGUGGUGGUAGCGCCGGUGGUGUCGUCAUCGAGCUGCGCACCAACUCCUAACAAACACUCGCCCGAGUGUCCAAGAGUGUAACACGUUUUAACUAACCAAUUUGCUCACAUCCGGCCCUGCCGCGGAAGGAACACAAUACAUUUUCGAGAUUCCGUGCCACUGAGAGAGGGAGGGGAGGAGUAGGAGAUCGAAGGACGAUACCGGCUGAGAUUGUAAUUGCGCAUUUGGCGUUUGUUUGGUAAGGCGCGGCGCGCGACGCGCCAAUCGAGCCUGCUGCAAUUGAGAGAGCGCGUGUGCAAGAGGAAAGGAACGUGUCGGACCAAUUUUUAAUUGACUAUUGUAACACAACGCAAUGUUUCUUCUUAAAUAACAACCUGCUAAAGAAUCACAAAA